UCGUAGACAAAAAACGUAGCCAUGAAGAAAUUCUUUCAUAACCUGACACAUUAACUCUUUCUCUCUCUCACACACACACACACAUUACAUACUUUAAUUGAACCCCAAAAGUCCCAAUUCUUCAUUCACUACUUCUAUCUUUCUUUCUUUAAAAAAAAAAACAGAGUCUUGAACUAGUUUUAGUAAAUAUUUCUCAAUAUAGCAAGUGAGUUUUGAGGAAUUGUUUUGUGUUUUUUUGUGGGGUUUUGAUGAUUUGAAGAACCCUUAAAGGAAUUUGUUGUUCUUUCUCUAUUUGGUUAGUUCUUGCCUAAUUUGUCAAAUUACUCUGUUUUAGCAAAGAUUUGAAAUUUCUCAUUAUAGCAAGUGAGUUGUGAGGAAUUUUUUUGUGUUUUUUUUAGUGGGGUUUUGAUGAUUUGAAGAACCCUUAAAGGAAUUUGUUGUUGUUCCUCUAUUUGGUAAGUUCUUGCCAAAUUUGUCAAACUACUCUGUUUUUACUCUGUUCUCAAAUCUUGCCAUAUCCCAAUUCCUCAUUCAUUUCCUCUCUCUCUUUCCUUAUUCAACAUCAAGUUAAAAAAACAGAGUCUUGAACUACUAGUUUUAGCAAAGAUUUGAGAUUUCUCAUUAUAGCAAGUGAGUUUUGAGGAAUUGUUUAGUGUUUUUUUGUGGGGUUUUGAUGAUUUGAAGAACCCUUAAAGGAAUUUAUUGUUGUUCUUCUAUUUGGUGAGUUCUGGCCAAAUUUGUCUCUCCUUUUACUGAGACUUUAGCUCUGUUUUUCCUCUGUUCUCUGCUUGGUUAUUUUUCAACAACUGAGCCAAGAUUUCAUUUUUGCUUUUUUGCUGAACUUUUCCAAUUUGGACUGAAAUAGUAGUUGAAAAGACUGGAACUUUUGCUUUAUUUUCUGUUUGGUUAUUUUUCCCUAUUCAUUUUUGCUUUUCUGCUGAAGUUUUACAAUUUGGACUAAAAUAGUAGUAGUUGACUCAGCCUCUUUUCCUUGUUUCACCUAUUUUUAGUAUUGCAUCCAGUUUAAUAUGCUCUCUCUAUGCCCUUUUCCCCCUCUAAGUUGUUCUUAAUACUUUGUAAGAACUUCCUUUUGUUUUCUUGAUCUGAUAUAUUGGGAAAGUUUGUGUCUUGAUUCAAGAUUCUUUUUUCCAUUCAACUUCUUGUUGUAUUGGGACACAACAAUUCCUUGUUGUAAUUCAGUUUUGUGACAAUGUUACAAGAUGAUGGUUCAUCAUCUGUAACUUCAUCAUCACCCCUUCAAAUAGUUCCCAUGAUGUCAUCAAUAUCACCUAGCUUAGGUUCAUCAAAUCAGUGGCUUAAGGAGCUAAAAUCAGAAGAAAGAGGGUUGUAUUUAAUACACCUUUUACUUGCUUGUGCUAAUCAUGUUGCUUCUGGUAGCCUUGAAAAUGCUAAUAUAGCACUUGACCAUAUUUCCCAACUAGCAUCUCCUAAUGGAGACACUAUGCAAAGAAUUGCUUCGUAUUUUACUGAGGCUUUAGCUGAUAGGGUACUAAGGAGUUGGCCUGGUCUGUACAAGGCCUUGCGUUCAACUAAGUUAUCAGUUGUCUCAGAAGAUAUUUUAGUGAGGAAGAUGUUUUUCGAGUUCUUUCCAUUCUUGAAAGUGGCGUUUGUGGUCACUAAUCAAGCUAUAGUUGAAGCUAUGGAAGGUGAAAAGAUGGUUCAUAUUAUUGAUCUUAAUGCUGCUGAACCCUUGCAGUGGCGCGCGUUGCUUCAGGACUUGAGCGCUCGUCCUGAAGGACCGCCCCAUUUGCGUAUUACUGGGGUUCACCAGCAAAAAGUGGUGUUGGAGCAAAUGGCUCAUGUGCUUACUGAAGAAGCCGAAAAGCUUGAUAUCCCUUUUCAGUUCAAUCAAGUAGUUUGUAAAUUGGAACAUCUUGAUGUUGAGAAGCUUCGCGUUAAAACGGGGGAGGCACUUGCGAUUAGCUCAGUUAUGCAGAUGCACACUCUUCUUGGCCAUGAUAAUGAAAAGAAGUCACCCUUGAAUUUUAAGCAUUCAAAAGAUAUCGCUAAUGGUUAUAGUCCAGGCAAUGACACGGCUUCUUCGUCCCCUCUAUGUUCAACUGGUUCAGCAAAGAUGGAUAGUUUCCUCAAUGCUUUGUGGGGUUUGUCACCAAAGGUCAUGGUGGUAACAGAACAAGAUUCUAACCAUAAUGGAACAACUCUCAUGGAGAGGCUAUCAGAGUCUUUACAUUUCUAUGCUGCAUUAUUCGACUGUCUAGAAUCCACACUACCAAGAACAUCAUUAGAGAGAUUAAAGGUGGAAAAGAUGCUACUAGGUGAGGAGAUUAAGAACAUUAUAGCAUGUGAAGGGAUCGAACGAAAGGAGAGGCAUGAAAAGCUCGAAAAGUGGUGUCAAAGAUUCAAUACAUCGGGUUUUAGAAAUGUGCCUUUGAGUUAUUAUGCUAUGUUGCAAGCAAGAAGGUUGUUGCAGAGUUAUAGUUGUGAAGGAUACAAGAUCAAAGAAGAGAACGGUUGCGUGGUGAUAUGCUGGCAAGAUCGAGCCCUUUUCUCCGUUUCGUCUUGGAGAUGCAGGAAGUGAGAUUAAACUUAAUUCUCAUUGUACGGUUUUAAUUUAUCUCUUCUUUCUUGUUUUGUAACAUAAUUUGUAGGAUGAACUUUUGUAAGUGAGACUCUUCAUUGACAUGUUGAGUCACUCUACCAUCUUUUUUUAUCUAAGUCGCGCUUUUGUUGAAUUCCAUUUAGAUGAGGAUCAAUAAAGAUGGUAUUUUCUUGA